GGUUGUGGAACGAAACAUCUGAGUUUCCAUUAUUUCUAAUGGGAACAUUCGCUUUGAUAUACAAGUGCAUUGGAUUACAGGCACAUUUUCGGAACAAAUUAUGCUCGCAAUAUGAGGUUUCACUGUAAAUGGUUUAUUUUAUUUGCAAGAAAUGCAAAUUAUUUUCUACCUUUCUAGACAACUUGCUUUUUACGUUAAAACUAACAUGUGACCUUUUUCAUAAGAUGUUUUCAUUUCAAGCGAUUUGUACUUUGAUUUCAGUUGUUCGAAAUAUUCAAUAAAUAACCAUAAAUGGUCCAUCUAUGUGUGUUCCCUUCAGUUAUUCUAAAAUCACAAGAUAUGCAGUCAUUCAUUAGAAAAUAGUAUCCCUGCUUAAAUAGUUGACCACAUUUAUAGUACAAACCUUAUUAAUAAAAUAUGAGGGCAAAAAACAAAAAAACAAAAAUCGUUCAUUAAUCGUAAUCAAGGUAAAAUGUUAAAUUAAUCGUGAUUUAGAUUUGAGGUCAUAUUGAGGUUUUUAACAUUAACAUUUUGUUGGUGGUGCAAAGUGUUGGUUUUGCAACUAAAUGUAUUUAGUUGGUAGACACCACAACACUAAUAAAAUGCUGAAUGAUGUCAAAAUGCUGGGAGAUUAUGAAUCAUUCUGGGCUAAAACUUGUCGAUAUCAGUGACAUCACGUAGAAUAUGGUUAUUAAACUGUAUAUUGCUGAGUUUCAUUUUCAAAACAAAAUGUAAAAAAUAUUGCAUGCAGAAGUUUAUUUUCUUUGUUUCUCUUCUUGCUUUGUGCCUCACGACUUUCCUGACCCUCUGGACGUACUUGAAUCUUAGUUGAAAGAUCGGCCCUUCGCGGUGUCCAUCAGCGAGUCUGCUGUUUCACCUAGACAUCUUUGCUGUGGCACUAGCAGCCAAUGUUUUGGUCCUCGUGGACUGUUGUCUUGACUCGCAGUGUGAAAGGGGCACUCGUUUUGCAUGGUUGCUUUCCUCCUGCGCCAUCUUUUCAAACAAAGUCUCUGACUUAAUGUAACAUACACAUAUUUAAAAAGGCAACUUUUCAUAAACUUGCAGAUUCAAGUCCUUGCAGGACAAUUGCAGCUGAGCCUUGUUUCAGUUAGGAAACCAAAUCUUAAUUACUUAACUGAAGUACUCUUACUUGGUUUUGGUACAAAAUCCCAUUUUAUUGAUGAAUACCAAAGGAUUAUAUGAGUUAAAUAAAAUAGCUUUGAGCAUUGAAAUUGCAUAACAGAAAUAACCAGUUUUGUUUGGCCUUAACAAGAACAGCCUAAGGACAAUUUACUGUAAGCAUUACCAGGAGAGGCUGUUUUGCACUUCUUUGUACAAAAUGCUUUCAUCUUUUCUGCUGGGUGCUUGCUCUGUAGUCUGCUAAGGUAGCAUUCUGUUCUGAUCAUUCUGUCUUUUGCUCUCAUUCACUUAAAUAAACACUGAGAUGUUUUCCCCUGUGCUUCCCAUCUUAUGGCUGCAGUGAUUCCCCAUUUCCCUAGCUCCCCACGGACUAUGAUAUCUGGUCUGCUGUUGACUAUGAUAUCUGGUCUGCUGUUGACUGUGCCGUAGCGCCAGCCAGAAGUGCUCCAGCCUGGUGUGGUCACCAUUGAACGCGCUGCUUAGACCAAUGAAAGCUGAACAGUUAAGAGAUGAGAAAGUUAAAAAAAAAAAUGUAUUUGACAGCAACAGUAGAAUCGGAGUAUGUUGCAUGACUUUCAUGUCAAAGUGUGUUUUUGUUCCUUUUUGUUAUCCGUCAAGUGUUCUUUGCAAGUUGAGGAAGCUUUGGCACUGAUUACACUGCUCAUAGCACAUAGUCUAACAGUGUACUUCAGAAAAUAAUAUUCAGAUUGCUGUAUUAGGUGGUUUUGAGGUGCGUUUGUUCCCAUAAAUAUAGCUGAAGGUUGCUCUCAUCUAUUGAACCGCUGUAUGUGACAAAUACCCUUGAUGAGUGAAUCCGCCGCUCUGGUGACUGUUCAGGUCUCUCAGGCUGUCUAAUCGCAUUACAGGUAAUCUUGCCACUGUGUCAUUUGGUGAUUUUUCCCUCUUUUCCCCUGGCCUGUAUCUGUCAGGGGAGAUAUGAAUGGCUAACUGUAGCCGGUGCAGGGAGGUGAGGGGGCUCGGGGCAUGGUAGCGAUGAUACAUGAGCCGCCAACGGACAGGAAACCAGCAAGCGCUGGCUGCUCCGCCCAUGGGUGCUGCUUCGCUUCAGGUGGAUCUCGGCCUGUGUCCGCCUGCCAUGGACUGCUGCAGCUUGUGGGGCCUCGAAACUGUACUUCGUCGCUGUUCUACAGCGUAUCAGUCACCCUGUUGUUGUUUCUAUUGGUAAUCAGUACGUGCAUACAUAGCAGACAACCCUUAUUUGCAUAAUAAUUAUAUUAAUAUAUGCAUGUCAUUAUAAAUUAAAAAUAUAGGGAAAUUAACGUUCCUUGCUCUCUCUAAAAUGGCUAUGAUACAGUCGUGACUAACGUCUUUCCAGACACGAUUCGACAUCACUCCUCUAAGUGACAGUUUCUCAACCAUGAUGCAUCGCGCCAUUGAACAUUUGGCACAUGUGGAAAGGUGCUUGGGAUGCGAGAGAAUGAGUGGCGAGGAACGAUGCAUGCUGGGAGAAAAUUGGGCCAUGGCGAUUGAUAUCUCUCUACUCCCACAAAGACUGAUAUUUACUGGAAUUGGCUGUGAGACCGUCUGUGAAUUGUAAAAGGUUCACCAGCUGCUUAAAUGUCAGCUUAUGGCAGGUAAAAAGGAGUUUUGGCUUUAACCCAUGGCUGACUGGACUGACGCGUUUCUGUAAUCUCCUAGUCACGUUUACCUUUAAAAUACAUUUAUUAUGCUCUUAUGUUAAAUAUUAAACGUAUAAAAUCUGCAUUUCACUAUAAUUCAAAUUUUAAAAUGUGAAAAAAUGACAUGCUUCGUAUAAUUCGGUACCGAUUUCUAUUUUAUAAUUACUUGGUGGUUUAAGGCCGCCGUGACAGCAUUGAGGAACCGCCGUGGAGAUCACUAAGCGACAGGGAUGGGCUUCUUCCUGCGGUAAACGCGUGAUAUUACCGUGUUUAUACCUAGAUUUUCGGACUGGCCGUCCCCUUUGCUGCUCAUGCUGAGUGUUAAGUUUUUUUUUAUUUAACUUUUAUCUAUGGAACUUAAAAUGCAUUUUAACCAUAUGCUAAUUAUGCACGAAGACGACGUGCCACAUUAUCAUUUUGUAUUAUUCGUCCUGCAUAUACUGGGCGGAUCGCAUAGGCUAGUGUCACGGAGGAUUUGCUACAAAAGUAAAUGCGUCUAUAAAUACUGUGGUAUACUUAUAUUCGAUAUUUAUAUAUUUUUUGUUAUACAUGAGAAUGUAUUGCGUAUUGUGGGGGCGGUUUUUUUAAGAGCUCUGCGAUCGUCCAAGUCAAACGCUUCACUUACGCGUUUCUUUCCGGAAAUCGCACGUGGACGGAUCCCAGCAUGUGCUGAAACCCACUUCACAUUAUAGACCCCUUACACUAUAAACGCUUUAGGUGCCGCUUGCGUUUCACACCGACGUCCAGUCGGAGGAAUUUUCCGGGCGGUUUUGCGGCGGCACUCUGUAUAGACGGAGGGAUGCAUUUCACCGGUGUUAUUCAGAAAGCUUUGUGCCGUGGUCUCUGGGCGCAGCUGCCGUUUCCUUUCUACAUUGCCAUUCGUGCAUUGUUUUUCCCUUUUCUCCAGUCGUCCCUGUCAUUUUGCGGCGGAAGAGUUGUGGGGGUGAAGUUCUCUGUCUCUGUCCCAGUGUCGGUCCCUCUCGACGCGGCAUGUGACACCCAAGCCGGUCUUUGUGUUUCGUUUGUCACUGAUGCCGACCCAGGGUCUUCCUUUGUGUUGUCCGUCCAGUUUAAACGAAUUGAAACGUCCACAGGACCGCAGAAUGAGCGGGGGGAUAUGUGCUUGAGACCCGCGUCUGCUCUGCCUGGUCUUCCUCUCCUCUCCUCAUUCCCUAUCAUCAGAUACGAGGUGUUUCGCCAGCUACAAUCAUCAAACCGUGGGCGCUGUUUUCAGUGCUGAAACGCAGUAUUCUGUGUCCCACAUGCGCCGGUAUAAUUAAUGUCGCUUUGUAUAUUCCUUUAAGGAUCGUUAAUAAUCGUACCCCCUUAUAACAAUCUGCCCUCUGGAACCUAUGUCACCACUAAUCCUAUAAAGCCCCGAAAGACUACCCUGUAAUUGUGUGAUUAAUAUCCACUGCCUCUGUUGUGAGGAAUAUGUAUAUAAAUUUGUAACUGGGUAAAGCUGAUGAUGAAACAUUGUUUGCAGCAUUAAAAAGUUAUGCAUGAUUGGGAUGCCUGCGGUGUUCAUUUCUUCAUACAUUACUUGCAUUGUGUGACUUCAGUUACAGUAAGAAGUGUUAGGUUUUAUGUAAUUUAAUGCUUGUUUUUGUGUUUAAGGGGCUCUGAGUCUCAUUGGGGAUUGUGGGAUAUUCUGUCACCAGUUCGAUUUACAAAGAAAUGCUGAAGUCAUUUCCUUAGUGUUAAAGGUCAUCAGAAUUUGCUUCCUGUAACUAAUUCUUAUCUCUCUGAGGUUCUUUAGGGCCAUUUGAGCAAAUUAGGCACUUGUCCGGUUGAGGCCCCCUUCGAUCUGUAGGCUUAUUGGAUCAUCCAUCAGUCAGAGUGCUCAAGCUCAUUAGGAAUAAGAAGGUGAUGAGUUAUGCUGGCGAGAUGCCUCGCUCUGCCGCUUGUUAGAUUCCCUACGACGCCGGCCAAGCAAAACAUUUUCAUUUGAAGCUGAGACCAAGAAGUGUGAUAUAUCUGCAGAGCACCCCCCAAAAUGCUUUAAGAUGUGCGUCAUGACAAGAGAGCCGCUGCACAGAUGCCCGGCGACGCAUUCCCUGCGUCCCGUUGGUCAGGGCGAGGCAAGGCGGGCGCCGUGACUGGCUGAGCCACUGCUGACAUCACGCCGGCCAGCCGUUGAUUUGCCGCUGUCUCCAGGGCUCGGCCCGAGAGCCCGGGUGAUGGGCUCGAGCGGCUAGGCUGAGAGGGUAGAGCGAGGGGCCCUGGGCGGGCAGGCAGGCAGCCCGCUCCCCACAGCCUGCUCCGCACAGCCCGCUUCCUGCUUCGUGCUGCCUCCAGGACUAUGGAAACUAAACCCCUCAGCUAUGGACAUAAGGCAGGCUGCUAUGUGGCAGGUCUUGGAGGGGCAUGAGCGGCUUGUGGCACGGCGGCCCUGCCCCGACCUGGCUGCGCCGCUACUGAGGGGGACAUGGGACACUUCUUUGGGGCUUCCAGCAGGCUCAGCACAAGCAGCCCCCCGGGUCCAGCCCCCACCCGCCCUACAGCAGAGAGCACAUCAGGUCCCCAGCAUUUGGUAGACGCUCCACGUAAUCAUCUCUGAUGAGGAUGUCCGGUACUGUCACCGGAAAAGAUGAGGCUGAGGCAGUACGGGGUCCUGAGGCUGUGAUCGCAGAGCCGGCGACAGGCCAAAAGGAGCUGGCGGAGGCCAGCAGGGAUGCCAGUCUGCACGGUGGCAGGGCUGAAUGGCAGGAUAAAAUUCAGAUCCACUUCUCCCAACCAGUUGGAAAAAACGAGCCACCCAUCAGAGACGAAGAUGAGAAGGGGAAGGACACAGAAGAACGGGAGAAAGCCUCACGGAGGAUGCUCUCCAGAGAUUCCAGUCAGGAAUACACAGACUCGACUGGCAUCGAUCUCCAUGAGUUCCUAGUAAACACUUUAAAAAAUAACCCCAGGGACAGAAUGAUGCUGCUGAAGUUGGAGCAUGACAUCCUGGAUUUCAUCAGCAACGAAAGCCAGAGGAGGAAAUUUCCCCCUAUGACAUCCUACCACAGGAUGCUGCUGCACAGGGUGGCCGCCUACUUCGGGUUAGAGCACAACGUGGACCCAUCAGGGAAGUCUGUCAUCAUCAAUAAAACCAGCAGUACCCGAAUACCUGAUCAAAAGUUUUCAGAGCACAUCAAAGAUGAUAAGACCGAUGACUUCCAGAAGCGGUACAUCCUCAAGAGGGACAAUGCCAGCCUCGAUCGGGAUGACAGCAUGAUGCGCAUGCGGCUAAAGGACGACCGGAGAAGCAAAUCCAUAGAGGAGCGUGAGGAGGAGUACCAGCGGGCAAGAGACAGGAUAUUCGCACAAGACGGUACCGAGGCCUUCCCACUAGACAGGAGGAUCCAGGAGAAUGAAAUCACUAAUGGCACGCAACAGAGACGCCAGAUUUUUAGGUGGCGCCCCCCCGGCAGGCUGAAGGACGGACGGUCGGCCAGCAGCCGGCAGAGCAGCUCAGAGAACGAGCCCCGGUACUCAGAGCUGCGGCCCUGGAGCAGUACGGACUCUGACAGUUCGGGCCGCAUUCUGAAGCCGGCCAUGACCAAGGCCGGCAGCUUCAGCGGCAUCUCGGUACUGAUGCGGGGUGACAGCUCAGGCAGCAGCAGGGGUGCUGGCCGGCUCUCCAAGACAGGUUCAGAGUCUUCUGGUAGUUUAGGGUCAUCCACGGGGUCGCUGUGUCGCUCUCAGCUGCCGCCCGCCCCCAUCCUGGGCCGGACUGCCAUACUUCCCUCUGCCGGUGCUGGUGGCUCUGUGUGCUGUGAAGAAGGCAGGCCCGGCCUGGCGGUGGCACCGGCUAGCGCUGGCUACUAUCUGCUUCAGCCAGCAGGGAUGCCACCUGGCAGUGUUCUGGUGAACCCCCACACAGCAGGACAGCCCCCCCUGAACCCCGACCGCAGCACCGUGAUGUACAGCCCCACUGUGCUCCAGCCACGAGCCCGGCUCCACCAGCCCCUGCCCUCCCCAACUCUGCCGGCCUCCCAUCCGCAUCAGCCGACUCACCACAUGCUUCCGCAGCCCAUGCGCCUACUGCAGCCAUCAGCACAGCCUGCCCAGUGCCCAGCCAUCUCGUACCCAACUCAGCUCCUGCCUACCCCCCCUAACCAGCAAAACACUGUGGACAGCCUGGGCCCCCAGUUCAGCCACUUGAGCCUGGGCCGGCAACUGUCCUCCGAGGGGCCAGACGGCCACGCCGCCAUGUACCCGGCCCCGCUGGUGCUCCAUGCCCCCCAAGCAGGGGGCUACAUGGGGGGUGCUCCCCCACAGCCUGUUGUGCAGCAGUCCCUGCCACCAUUCCCACAGGGGUACAUGCAGCAGCAGCAGCAGCAGCCACCCAUGCAGCAGGUGCCAGCAUGCUACUGCGCUCCAGCCCAAUUCUCACUCCCAGCCCAGCCGUACCGCACCGCCACCCCCGUGCACUACAGCGGGUCACAGAGCCAGAGCCUGAUCCAGCCCAACCAGCAGUCAGGCUGUCAGACUGUGAUGCCAAACCAGCCCCAUGGCUACCAGAGUGUGGUGGCCAUGCAGCCUCCCCCGGGCCAGAACCUCGCCGGCUGCCAGCCCAGCAAUAUGGGAAGCCAGAUGCAAGGCGUGCUGCUCCACUAUCCGUCCGCGACAUCCUGUCAGGUGCCUGUGCCCCAGCAGACAAUGGUCCUCCCCGUGCAGUCAGGCCAGGGGAUUGUGCCCUCGCCCAGCGUGCAAGUGUACUACAGCGUGCUACCGGCCGCCCAGCAGAGCACCAUGAGCUCCUCGCUGGGCUUCCCACCCCCCCAGCAGAUGGAGCCGACGACGUUCCCGCGGACCCCCCCAGCUUGUGGCGGGCAGCAGCAGCACCCCGAGCAGCAGCGCGCAGGUGGCCCCGCCCCUCACGCAGCCAAUGUGGUCAUGCUGCAUCUAGCCCUGCCCCCAAGUCACCAGCCUCAGCCCCACUCGCCCCCUCACUGGAAAUACAGCAAGCACCACAGCUUGGACUACCAGAGGGGCCCCAAACUCACAGAGCUCGCGGCUGUGGACGCUUUGCAGAGCAGUCCCCCGCUGGGCAGCCCCGCCUCCUCUCCCAUCCAGUCACCCGGCCCUGCCCACGACAGCAGCAUCAAGAGUGUCCGUCCCGGCCUGGCCCCUAUACCCAUCAUGCCCCAGUUUACCCAAGGCUUUGUCCCGGGACAGGGUGAUGUGAGGUACCCCCUGCUGGGCCAGCCCCUCCACUAUAAUGCCCCCGUGUGCCCCCCUUUACUGACUGGCCCCCAUGUGGUUCUAAACCACCAGGGUCCCACGGGAGUCCGGCAGGGCGGCAGGGGAAAGAAGCCACCGAGGAGGGCAGUGUCUACAGAUCUCAGUGUAGGUGAAGCAGUGAAUGGGCGCAUCUUGGAGGUGGCGAGUCGCAAAGAGGCAAUGGCGCUACUCAGCAGCCUUUGAGUGGCUCACAAAACAACAGGACAGGACUUGUGACAGUGGAUCACGCAGAGGCACCCCACGGGCUGGCACCGGCCUACCCCGUCCUCACCCUCUUUCCCUCCAGAUAAACGCAGUGGCUCCUUGGCACCAUUCAGACUGAGGCCCACUCCUUACGGAGGAACAGCUCCCAGUGAGGGGUCCCAUCCACCAUCAUCGCCACAAGCACUUCCUGUUGCAGGCACUCCCCACUUCCUGUUUAUGACUGAGUUGCCCUCUUGAGUUCAACAGCUGUUGAGAAUGUAUAGUAUUCAUAAUGUUCUAGCAAUUUGGAAGCAAGAUAACUUGAAUUUUUUCAAUGAAUGUGAGUCCAAAAUAAUAGCCACUCGUUUUUUUCUAAACUGACUGGAACAUAUCAAACAGCAGCAUGUACUGUUUCUUUUUUCAACUUUAGUUUUAUAUUUGGGGACUUAUGUCAGAUUGAAAGCCUGGUUAUACAGAAUAGUUUUUUCAUAUCCAUCAGCAUCCUUUACUUUGACACCCUCCCCCCCAAAAAAAACAAAAAAACAAAAAAUAAUAAUAAUAAUGAAAUAUUGACUCUGUGAAUACUUUCCUGCUGCGGCUGGUCUGCUGUGGAGUUCAUCCUGACCUAUGGACCAGGAUCCUUUGUGUGCCUUCUACCAGAACUCUACCAGGCCCUCUGGUAAUUUGUAAAAAUGAAAAGCCCCACCCCUUUGUACAUAAUUUAUAAAUUAGGUAAAUAAUUAAGUCUGUUCUUUUCACAGUGAAUGUCACUCCUGUAAUGGACGCAAAUGAGAGGGAGAACCUCUGGUUUAAUAUUCCUUUUUUUAACUUAAUUUAAAACCUCAAAGAGAGUAAGAGAAGACCCAUAUAGCCUAGAACAGCUUUCAGGAUCCGUGACCUGCCAUCGUCAACAGGCCCCUGCUUUCUGAAACAAGGCCAGUUUUACAGUGAAACAUGGUGCUGUUAUAUUCGUAUGACGGUCCACUGCUAAGAACUGUUUCUUUGUUUCCUUCAGCAAGUGGAUCCUGAAAGGCUGAGCAGUGGUUUACUGCUACAAGUCAUUUUUAUUUGUUUCAAACCAAUAAAUGUUUGCACCAAA